UGCCCCCCGGCGCUGCUGCCGCGCUUCGGGCAGAACAUGGAUGUCAUCAUGGUGAUCGGAGGCGUCUCCGAGGGCGGUGACUACCUGAGCGAGUGCGUGGGCUACUUCAUCGACGAGGACAGGUGGGUGAACCUGCCCCACAUCCACAACCACCUGGACGGGCACGCUGUAGCCGUCACCGAGUCGUACGUGUACGUGGCCGGCUCCAUGGAACCAGGGUUUGCCAAGACCAUGGAGAGGUACAAUCCCAACAGGAAUAUCUGGGAGCAGGUGUCAAACCUGAUCACCAGGAAACACUCCUUCGGCCUCACGGAGGUGAAAGGCAACUUGUACAGCAUCGGUGGGCACGGCAACUUCAGCCCCGGCUUUAAGGAUGUGGCUGUUUACAACCCUGAGGAGGACAAGUGGCUGAACCUGGAGUCGGCGCCGAAGAUCCUGCGGGACGUGAAGGCCGUGUCGGUGGAGGACAGGUUCGUGUACGUGGCCGCUCGCACGCCCGUGGACAGUGACAGCGAGGACGGGCUCCGGGCCGUCAUCACCAGGUACGACACCGAGACCAGGCAGUGGCAGGACGUGGAGUCUCUGCCCCUUGUCGACAACUACUGCUCCUUCCAGAUGUCUGUGGCCAACACCAACUUCUACCACACGGCCUCGUGCUGCCCCAAGAGUUACCCCAUCGACAACGAGGAGGCCAAGGUGAAGAUCUCUGCCCAGGCCUCGGAUGAGAUCCUGGAGAGUUUGCCCCCCGAGGUGCUCAGCAUCGAGGGAGCAGCGAUUUGCUACUACAGGGACGAUGUGUUCAUCAUCGGGGGGUGGAAGAACAGCGACGACAUCGACAAGCAGUACCGCAAGGAGGCCUAUCGCUACUGCGCUGAGCGCAAGCGCUGGAUGCUGCUGCCGCCCAUGCCGCAGCCGCGCUGCAGGGCCACGGCCUGCCACGUCAGGAUCCCCUUCAGGUGCCUGCAGGGAACACAGAGGUACCCCAUGCCGCAGAACCUCAUGUGGCAGAAGGAUAGGAUCAGGCAGAUGCAGGAGAGGCAGAUGCAGGAGAUGCACCGACACUCGCUGAGCUUACGGAGAAUGCCGCGCUCCCAGAUCGAGUGCUAG